CGUGUUUGAAAACGAAUUGGCGUCCGUCGGAGAAGAUGGCGGCGGCAGAGUUAAAAACGGACCAUGUUUUACAAGAAGAAAUUAAUAAACAAGAUGCCUCAGUUAUUAAUUAUGAAAAGAAAAUCGAGGAUUGUAGAUUUAGGAUAUUUGACACAAUUUUGUACACAUUUUCCAUUGGAAUCAUCCUGACAAAUAUCGUGACAGAUAUUUUAGUGGCUGUUGAAUAUUUCUCCCAUGGAUAUCUCAAGUGGUUUUAUUUUAAUUUUGGAAUUUUUAUGAUACCAUCGACUUUAAUCCAGAUACUCAGUUUAAAAUGGUAUCACAAUGAUGGAGGUCUUAGAAAUAUGCAUUGGAUUUCACAUACUUUUCUCUUCGGAAUUUUAUACAGAUACGUAAUAUUGUUAAAAGAAGUUCUUCGGAGUUUUAAUCCUAAAUAUUCUUCAAAAAGUAAAGUCUGGAUUGCAAAAAACGAAAACGAUGCAUACACUUUGCAUUUAUUUUUAUCCUUUGCCGUUUCUAUUCCUCAAUUAAUUCUUCAACUUUACCUUAUGGCAAUUCAGCAAAGCGUGCCUUUCUGGACUGGUGCGUCAGUUGCAACAUCACUCUGUUCUUUAACAUGGGCCUUAUCUGGAUACAUAAAAUUUAAACUAAACACUUACUGGGAUCAUCAAAAAUCCAAAUGGUCAGCUUUAAUAAUUCAACUCUGCUGGCGGGGUUCUUUGCUCGCUUCGAGAAUUACAGCCUUAGUCCUUGCUGCAUUAUGCUUGCAGAGCUGGCUUUUCGUCUUCCUAGGUAUCCACAGUCUAAUAAUGACCUUCUGGAUAACAUUUCAAAAUACCCUUUCUAAAAAAAAAUUGGAGAACUAUGUCUACAACUGCAUCCUGGGACUCAUCUACUCCUUCGACAUCUUCCUUCUAAACAAUGACUAUCUCUGGUAUCGAAUCUGCACCUACUACGUCCUAAUCAUGAUUCAAAAUGUAGCAUUUUUAACCGUUUACACCCUAUACAUUCAAGAAACCCUCAGCACAAAUAUUUUCGUGAUCUCUUACAUUUUAAUUCUCGGGGGAACACUUCUCGGAUUGGCGAGCAUGUUUCUCUACUAUCGUAAGUUUAGCUACAAUACAACAUUUAUCGAGAGUUUGCAACUCUUACGAAACCACGAGACUGAUUUUGAGCUUAAAAAAAAGUCGCCAUCUGAAACAGGCAAGAGCAAAAAAAAUGAACCCCUUGUUUCUUCGCCGCUAGCUCCCGAUAUUUCUCCUACGAACGCCCUUUCUGAGGAAGUCACAGCAGACAAGAAAUCCCUUUUAACAAACAUAGAACAAAACGCUGAAUCAGUAGAACGCGGAAUCAUCAAUUCCAGUUUCAUUCACUCGGACGAUCCCGAAGAAGUUCCUCAAAUAAUUAUCGAGUCCAGCAAAGUAGAGUCUCCCAAUUCGCUGAAAAAAUACGAAGCUAAAAUCGAAGAGUUCUCUGAGACCAAGAAAACGGAUUCGAAAACCCAACAAGAAGCUGCAGGAAAAAUGUCUCCGGAGAGAUUCAACAACGAAAACGUGCAUCAAAUGUAUAGAAACAUUUGUUCAGCUAUUGAAAUCGACGACUCUCUUGAUUCCGCUAAUCUUUCUCUUCAGAAAAGAAGAGGAAUUUGCUCCCUGACUCAACUUGGUCUCGAACUCGUCACUGAUGUUGACAACUACGUUGAAAAAAGAUUUUCUCUCUCUUCCUCAGAGGAGAAAUACAAGCUCAAAGGUUUCAAGGUCGUUCCACUUCCUGCAGAAGCUUCGAGUGAUGGUAGUAGCAUAAUCCCUGAAAAUAUAAAAGGCAGAAGAAGAAUGGACACUCCGGUGAUUUCAGAUGUGAGUGAAGCAACCGAUAGUGAGAAAGCGUCGGAGAGUAAUUCUCAGAUGAGUCAGAUUACUUCGAUUCACGAUUACGAAAAUCUCUGUCCGUUGGGAGUUGCUCGUCCGCCUUGGUGCAUUCGAAGUUGGAAGGGUUACACAGAUAUUGAAACUUAUAUCCACGAUGAUAGCAUUGUUAGGGAUAGAAGAAGAGACACUUUAACAAGCACAGCCACAGGAACUACUCUCAGUUCCGAUUUCUCUGACGGAACUUAUUCUUCGAGCACAUUUUCGAAAAGACUCGCGAAGAAUUCAAGGCAGGAUGACUACCUCGAUACGCUAGCUUACGAUUUGGGAGACUGGGAGUCGAACAUUUUUAAUGAAGAUGAUUCGUCGAAGUUUGAAGUCAUUGAAGAUUCGAAUUUAUUUUCGGCUAAGCCGAUUGUCAUCGACGAUAGAGGUGGCAUGUUAGCUUUGGAUACCAUUUUGGAAGAGCAUGAAGAUUUUACAAGUAGUUCGGAAGGUAUAUUUCUUAAUGAAAAUAUUAAACGAAAAACUGCUGCAAGUUCGCUCGUGGCUACGAUUGACGAAAUCAGAAAGUACGCUGCUGAAAAUUCUCCUAGACAUGUUUAUCAUCGAACUGAGAAGCAGUAUGAAGAUUUAAGUCAUCCUCUCUUGAUGAGGAAUUAUCAGUUCCAGGGUCCACUUUCAGGGAAUGAGUUUAGUACUGAUCGUCCAGAGAAUCCCUGGAAUUUGUUCAUCAGGGAGAACAAUUCUGUGGGUAUCAGUGAUAUCUCAAAUGUUUGCUCCAGAGUCUCUAUAAGAAAGACUCCUUUAAUUAGUGCCAUUUUGUCCGAUUCUCCGGUUCUGGAAUCGCGGACGAAAACUGAGAAGUAUACGAAAGAUGAUAUUUACAUGGAUGAGAAUAAUGUUUAUGUUGAUAUGAAAGCUCUGCAGGCUGAGAACUAUAACGAUUUUUAUAAAGAGUUGAACGAUUCAUUUCGCGAAGUACUUAAAGAAAAUAUACCUCUUAGAGAAAAGGCUGUUGUUGUAGAUAUUCAACCUCAAAUGAAAACCUUUUCGAACGAAGGUAUUUUAUGUGAUAUUCUGUUGAAACCUGUCGUGCCAAAACCGGAUUCAAUGUCGGUUGAAAAUCUAUCUUGUAAGUUUAGUAGUCCGAGAUCUAGUUCUUCCUUGUCCAAUGAAAAACGAAGGAAAUCCAUUUGUCGUCCGAGACGAAAGUUUUCCUUAUUGAGGGAAAAAUUCGAAGUGAAAUCGAAGCAAAUUUCCGAUCAGUCGAUUUUGAACUCGAAUAAAAGAAUCUUGAAGAGUUUUAACAGCCAGGGAAUUGAUGAGUCGAUAGUGGCGUAUGAAAAAGAAAAUUUUCCGACCAUGACUAGAAAGAGUUUUAUAGAAAAAAGGGAGCAGAUUGAGGAUGUUAGGUGUAAUCUGAAAGAGAGGAGGAGCAUUUUUUUGAAGCAAGUACUGUCCCCACCCAAGUUCCAGAGUUGGAGUAGAAAAAAGGUUUUUAGUCCAAGUACUGAGAUUAUUCCUAAGGCUCUUCAAUUUUGAGUGAGGAUGUUUGUAAAAUUUUGGUAUUAUCUACGUUAUAUAAAACGUAAUGAUCUCAUGAUAUUAUGUACAUUUAAGUCUCUUAUAGAGUAUUUUUUUAAAUGUUGUAGAUAGAUUUAAGUGCCUUACAUGUUGAGUUGCAUUCGCAUAACGAAAGUCUUACGUAUGGACAGCAAUUCAAUUUAUUCGGAUGAUAAUUCAAGGUUGUCACAAGAUUUAACAAUGUUAUAUGUAUUUUAUUUUUAAUCCGAACAUUUUUAUUUUAUACUUGAGAACUUUCAUUAUUAAAUUUGUUAUAUGUAGAUGGAGGUGUUGCGAAAUUUUGCAUGACAAUUGUGGCCACCUUGAAAUUAAUAGAAACUGAUUAAAUACUACAGUAUUAUUUUAA